CAGCUUACAGCCGAGCGCCGGGUGCCUCUGUGCAAUCCGGGGUAAAACCGUCUGCCGAGUCAGGUCGCAGCUCCGAAACUGGGAUGCUGCGUCGCCUCGCAGGUCCUCGGCUUUCCUUCUCUUUUAAAUAUUUGUUAUUAUCCGUCAUAAAACGUCAGGCUUGCGGUGCCCGAGGCCUUCUGUUGUCUUUAAGAAAGAAAAGAAUAUAUAUUUGAGAGCUUUGUUUUUUUUUCUGCUCAGUGUUCCAGUACUUAAUUUUUAUGUUGGUUUUGUGUUUUUUUAUGUUUUUUUUUUUUCCUUUUUAAGUUAUAAAAGAGCGGUGAGUGAAGCACUCACGUUUGUUUGUGGCCGGGAAAAGAGACUGCGUGGGACACGCGUGGGGACUUUAUACCCGGCCGGAGGAAAUAGUAACUCGGGUCAAACUCGGGAUAAAAAAAGCAGGAGCGUGCGGCGGAAAGGGAAGGGCGUCGCAGCGACAUCUGGGUGUGGUUACAGACAUCGACUGCAAAGGAGAGCUUAGUUCGCAUUAUUACGAGGAACUAAUCAGUGCCAUAUUUGGUAUACGAAUUUUAUUUAAUUAAAAAUAUAUUUUAAAUGCUGCUUUUAAAAACUUCUACGUUUGUUAAAUUAUUAUAAUUAAUAUAAAAAAUAAAAAUUGCGUUUGUGAAUGUAGUUAAUUGAUCACAUCUUGGCCAUUACCAGGUGCAUGUCAACCCAGUAUCUGUAAGUAAAGUUGGCGACAUAUGAUGGUGAAUGACACGUACUUUUAACGCAACGUUUACAAAUUCCCGGAUGAAGUCUUCCUGAACAGUUACCCGUAGCUUUUAUAAGUAUCCACAAAUAAGCUGAAAACUGUCACACUGUAUGUCUCUUUGGAUCCAGUAGUCAGAGCGUUCGUAAUAUUAAUAUUAAUGUUAUAACCAUGACAUUUGGAUUUGGAACUCUUCUGCACUCGGAUAAACUAUGCGAAGACUUACAGUAUAUCCCAUAGUGCAGUGCAUCCUACAUGCAUGGUGGCCUCUGUGCGUGCAUGCGUACUUUGUGUGUAGGUAUAUAUGCAGUAUGCAUGCAGUGUCUGCGUAUCGGCUACUUGUACCCCUACUGCAGUAGACGUAUGGGUGGCAGAGACAUCACGAGUGUACAUGAUUGUCUCCAAGAAAGCGGAGGUUCGAACUGAUUAUUUACUUGGAUCCCAGACACUUAUUUCAUCCAGGUAUAGUAUACCCCCUUGUAUUCAAACUUUUAUCCGCCUGGGAUAUAGCGCCCUCUCCUGACGGUAUUGCUCCCCACUUCAGAGAGCAGUUGAAGGCUUUCCAUUCCAGCGCGUCUGUAUAUGUCAUAACACUAUCCGUGCUCUUUUCCAUGCAUAUCUUAGCUUAGCACAGCAGACGAGGUACAGUCAUGUGCUCUGCCCACUCUGGUGUAGCCUAUGUACUCAAUUUCCUGUAACAGAUUUCUAAUACGUCUUAUUUAAGUGUAUCUCUUACCUUUGGCGCUGACUUAUGUCACAAUAGAAUUGUUUCGUAGACUGUUUCCUGUUUAAGCCCUUCCCAGAUAAAACUGUAUUUUGUCAUUUUAAUAUGUUUUAAUUGAUUUACACGAAAGCCCAGUAGAAAUUAUUCAUAUAAUUAUCGAAAUGUUUUUUUCUGUUAAUGACCGGACCAUUUUGGGAAACCACCAUGUAUCUUGCCAGUCCCUGCCGUCGAGAGCGGCCUGUCCCGCGGUGUCAUACCCUCUCUUCCCUCUCUCCCAGGUCGCGUUUGUAUACAUUUCAUACGCUCCCUCUUAUGUUAGUGACCAUAAUUCUACCUUACAACGUUUUUUAAGCAUUAACAAUGGAAGAUAAUAAUUUUUAGUCUUUAAUAAAUUCAACGUUUUUGUUUUCCUUUUGUUUACCUUUUGUUUACGAGUUGUGAGAUUUACCAAAAGAAGACGUGAAUUGUUUACCUUUUGUUUACGAGUUGUGAGAUUUACCAAAAGAAGACGUUUAAAGAAGUUUAUUUUAAGAUUAAACGGAUACGAUAGAAAAUAUCAACAAUCCUUAUGCUAUGGAGUCACCGCAAAGAUUGGUCGUUUCCAUGCAGGGUUUAAAAGACAUUGGCGGGUCCAAAGGCGGGCCACGCUAAAAAGGGACACUGGUGCUUUAAAUGGCUCCCGGCCCCCGGGCGCUCGGCUGAACACCCACGUCAGCACAGCUCCUUUUGUCCAACAACCGGGUUUCGGUCUUUAGGGCUGAGCAGGAACUGAGCGAAUGUGUACCCUGUGCAGCCGAGCAGGAAGCACCUAGACCCAAAAAGCGACGUAAAAAUGGAAACGCUAUCCGAAAUUAGAGCAAAGGGAUCUUCGGGGACACCCGGCGAUCCAGGGCACCAACAGUCGACGCGAACAUCUGGUGCAGAUAUGAUGGCUGAGCACCAGAGCCGCCUACUGCAGCAGCUGGAUGAGCAGCGGAGACAGGAACUCUUCUGUGAUUGCCAUGUGUUGGUGGAGGGACAACUGUUCAAGGCGCACCGCAACGUGCUGUUUGGCUGCAGUGGCUAUUUCCGCAUGCUGUUGGCGCGGGGUGGAGCAGAGUGUGGCAGGCCUGUCUCUGCCACAUUUGAGGCCUUCAGUGCCGACACCUUCUCUGUCAUUCUGGAUUUUGUCUACUCAGGUCGUCUGGACCUCACCAGUGUCAAUGUCAUUGAGGUGAUGUCAGCCGCCAGCUACUUGCAGAUGAAUGAUGUCAUUGGGUUUUGCAAGGGCUUCAUCAGGUCUUCUCUGGAUAUUAGCGCCAAAGAGACUGCAGAUCAGUGCCUCAGCCUACCAGAGGAGAGCAGCACCCCCCAGGGGGUAGAUAACGCCCCCAUUGCCCAGGUGGAGUUAUGUGCUGAGCCCAAGUCGGAGGUCUCAAGCCAGGGCGCGCCUCCCCCACGAGGAAGGCGGAGGGCUCCACCUUCCCAGCCCAUCAAAGUUGAGCAGAUGACAGAAUCCACAGCAUACCGUGCUGCCAGAGGAUCGGGUAGGCGGCGAACUUGGAGCAGCCUACCUGUGGAGGAGACCACAUCCAUAGCAGACCAACAGGGGGCGCCCUCCAGCAAAGCACAGAAGGCCGAUGAGCUCUACGCCACUUUACCCACAAUUGUUGGAGUUGUUGGCGUUUUCAACAAAGACUCCAGCCCUUCAAUGCGCUUCAAGUGUCCCUUCUGCACGCACACGGUGAAGCGGAAGGCAGAUCUGAAGCGGCACCUUCGCUGCCACACGGGUGAGCGGCCAUAUCCUUGUGAGGCCUGCAGCAAGCGCUUCACCCGCCUGGAGCACCUGCGAAGCCACUUUGAGACGAUCCACCAGGCUAGGAAGCUGGUGUGCCGGAAAUGCAAACGUCACGUGACAGAGCUGAGUGGACGCGUUGUGUGUGAGGGCACACGCCGCUACAGGCUCUGUAAUGAGUGCAUCCAGGAGAGUGGCUGUGAAGGCCUCCUGAUUGACACAGCCAGUAGUGAGUCAGCACUUCUCAUGGGCAUGGGUGAGGAAGAUGAGGAUGACAAGGAGAAAGACUGGCUGAUGACGGACGAGGAUGACCUGGCGGUGGAUUCUGGGACUGACCUCAUCAUUCAGGAAGUAGAUGACAGUGAAGAGGAGCAGGAGCUUCACAAUUAAACACAAACAUUCUUUACCUACAGCGCCCCCUGUAGGGGUACAAAUGCCAUAAAUUAACUGCAAAGUGUAAACAUGUUAAUCAAUGAAUUGAAAAUCCUUUUUUUUUGGUUUCCAAAUGAGUUUGUAACUGUUUUACUUGUAUACAGUUUUAAAGCUUUUGAAUUUAUUCGAUUAUAAGUCACAUAAUUAAUCAGUCAAAUAGAUGCUCUUCCAGCACUUGGCCAUCUGGGGCCGCUUUGCAUUUUAGGUGAUCACCUAACCUGAAAGACCUGCAUAGUUCCGCAUAAAGACAGCAGGAAAAGGUACAGAAAACUGUCUGUACAUCAGUCUGACAGGAAGCAUUCAACACUGAUUUUAUUUAUUACAGUACAGAAAAGGAGGUGUAGAAGAUUGCUGGAUGGUUCUAAUAGGAUCUGCUUUUAUUUAUUACAGUACAGAAAAGGAGGUGUGGAAGAUUGCUGGAUGGUUCUAUAUACUGUAGGAUCUGCUUUUAUUUAUUGCAGUACAGAAAAGGAGGUGUGGAAGAUUGCUGGAUGGUUCUAUAUACUGUAGGAUCUGCUUUUAUUUAUUUUACUAUGUCAUGCUAUGUUUUAUUAAUGGACUUUAUACGUGGCCCAAUUAAUUUUUGAUUGUAUGUAAAUAUUAGCAUUUCUUCUUUGGGGUAUUAAUGUUAUUAUUAUUGUUAUUCAUAUUUAACUUUUUGUAUUCAUUUUCUACACAUUAAAUAUAUUUUUAUACACAUUA